AUGCCACUUGAGAAUGUCACACUGGAAUACAAGGAUCCCAUCAAGUUGGAGGGGGCAAGCCAAGACUUUACCACUUCAAAAGCUCAAAGAACCCAAGCAUCAGGCCAGCCAGGCCAUUACUCCCAAGCUCAAAGAAUCCAGCAGUCCACUACUGUAGCUCUGUUGCCCUGCACAAUCCUCACCUGGGACAACAGAAAUCCCCAGGCCAAGGAGGGCACACCAUCCCAACCUUGGAAGUACUAUGUUCAUUCAUUUGAUCCCUCCAUUCUCCCCAUCGAAAUCAUGCAUAGGAGGGAAGCAAUGGAAAGAUAUAGUGUCAAGUAG